CAGUCAGCAAAGAUCAAAGAUCGCCGAUGGAGCGCAAGGCCAAGCAGCGCAGCGCCCGAGCGGAGGAGAGCACCGCGCUGAUAUCUGUCGUCGAGUACGACGUGCGCUCGUCGCGGGCACAUGCGCCGCCGCUGGCCAAGGUCUGGCGCCCAGCAGACAGCCGCCUCGUGGCCGAUGGCACGCCGAGCGCGUCGCCACCUCGCAGCCGCCCCACGUGGCUCGUGCAAGCUAUCCGUAGCGAGCUCUUUGACAUGUUUCUGCCGGCGGGGUACCCUAGCAGCGUCACCGAGGACUACCUGCCGUUCCAGCUCUGGGAUACAUGCCAAGCUAUGUGCAGCUACCUCCGCGGCGUCCUCGCGACGCAGUCCGUCCUUGAGAGCGUCGGCGUCGGCAACGAGGCCAUCACGCCCCUUGCCGCCGCCCUGCAGUGGGUCAUGCGCGACGGGUCCGGCAUGCUGGGUGGGCUCUUCUUCGCGUACGGCGUUGGCCCCAAGUUCGACGCGAACGUCAAGUUCUGGCGUCUCUACGCGGACGUCAUCAACGACGUGGGUCUGACACUCGACAUGCUCGCGCCCUUCGCACCUCGCUAUGUAACGCAGAUCCUUUGCGUCUCGUCGGUUUGCAAGGCCAUGUGUGGCGUCGCCGCCGGAGCGACGCGGUCGUCGCUGACUGCGCACUUUGCCAAGGCCGACAACAUGGCGGACAUUGCGGCAAAAGAAGGGUCGCAGGAGACCUUUGUGACGCUUCUGGGGCUGCUCACUGGCAUGUACUUCGCCAAUCUCGUCAACCAGUCACGUGCGAGUGUCUGGGUCGCGUUCCUCUUGCUGACCGCGAUCCACGUCGUUGCCAACUACAAGGCGGUGACGUCACUUUGCAUUCCGACGCUCAACCAAGCCCGUGCGACGCUUGCGAUCCGCUCGUUUCGAGGAAGCCAGACGCAGAGGCUCAGCAUUGCGCGCGUGAACGCGAUGGAACCGAUCUUGCCACGACGAGGUGGUCUUGGCAUUGUUCUCGGUGGGCGCCUGCCGCCGUCGCUCGACCUCCCGUCGCUCCUCGCGCUGCACAAGGACGACCACUACGUGCUGACCGUGGACGCUGCUUCGUCCACCGUCGUCGCGUCGCUCUUCGUGUCUGCGACGCCUAUGGACGAACUCAAGGCGUACUUCAAUGCGGUAGUGUUGGCCGACGCCGGGGCGCCAACGGCUCUUUCGGCGCUGGCCACGGCGCAUGCGGCGACGACGACCGAGUUCCCGGCGUUUGUCGAGACGAUGGAAACCCUCGGGUGGAAGAUGCACUCGUUUCCGCUGUCGACGCAGCCGACGCGAUAUGCGAUUGCCCGCGGCCACGUUGGACUCCUCUAA